AUGUUGCAGAUAACUUAAAAGCUAAUCAAAAAUUAUUUAGACUUAAUGACUGCAUCUCCAAAAAUUCAAUUGUGGGAUUCAUUAUUUAAAGGUGCACUUCUAUUUUAAUUUAUUUUAAGAACGCAUUUCAUUUUUCCUAAAGAUGGUUGGAAUGUUUGGAAAUAUUCAGAUUUUAAAUUAAAUGUUCCAUAUAUCCUAUUGUCAUAUUUAUAUCAUGAAAUUUCAGACACUAUUAAAAUAAUAUUGAUAUUGUUCAACAUUAGCAUAUUCAUCCUAAGCUUUUUUAGAGUGUAAUUAGUAUUUUAUUACAAUAACUUAUUAUGGAAGAUAUUCUAUAUACCUCAGGUAGCCAUGUUGGCUUAUCGAUCUGGAAGUAUAGAACUUUCAAUAAUUGGUGUGAUUAUCCUAUUCUCUAUUCUAACUUUUAAUUUAUAUUUUAAUAGAUCCACUAAAUUUAUUCAUAGUAAUCCUUUUAUUAGAAAAUUUACAUAACUUACAAUAAUUAAUGUUAUUUUGGAUACAAUAUGUUUAAUUGAUUUUGAAUUUCAUUUAUUUUAAUAGAUUAUGCUAUUAUUUCAAGGAGUAUCCUUAUGUUUGGAUGUAAUUAUGUUCAAACCAUAUCGAUUACAAUACAAUAAAUUGGCAUUUUAAUAUAAUUUUUUAUAUAGUGCAAUAGUAUUACUAAACUCAAUUUCUUUGAUAACCAAAUCAGAGGAAAAUAUGUUCUAUUUUACAAUUCUAUUUGGAACUCUAGCAUAUGCUCUAUCUUAUUAAUUGUAUGAUAGGAAAGCAGAUUAUGAUUCUUAAAAUUAAUUUCAAAUUUUAAUUUAAUGUUAAGAAUUUUAUGAUUAAGAAGAUAUUUUACAUUACAUUAAAGUAAUGUAACACAAGAAUAGUUGUAAAAUACUUCAUAAAAAUUAAAAUAAGAUUGAUAUAGUGAUUUGUUAAUUAGAAAAUAAAAUAGUUCAAAGUAAAAGAUUAAAAUUAGAUUAUGAAAUCUUGGAAUUGGCAUUAAUUCAUUUCUUAUGUAUACAUAAAGCUCCAUUAACUGCUUUGUGCAGAUUAAAAUAAUAUUAUAAUAUCCAUUAAGAUCAUUCAAUGUUCUUUAAAAUAGUAUUUCCAAGUUUACAUAAUUAAUUAUGGACAUCAGUAACAAAAGUACAAGAAAAUAUUAAUUAAAUAAAUAAAGCUGGAUCAUACCAAGAUGAUAGAAUAUUGUCAACAAGAGACAUAUAUGAAGCUAUUUAAAUAAGAGAUAAUUCAAUACCUAUGAUAAUUAGUACAAUAGAUUAUAAAUUGAAUUAUUGGAGAUAAUUGAUUUCUUUGAUCAACAAUUUUAAGAGACUAUUUUAUGCAACUUCAAAAUUAAGCUAAAAAAUUGUUUAAUGUUAACAACAACUUGAAUUACUAUAUAAAUGUAAAGACAUAGAAGAUAUUGAAUAACCUAGAACAGUAAUUGAAGUAAUUAUUUUAUUAAUAUAUUAUGCAAUAAUAGUGAAUGACUAUUAAUAAGCAAUAAAAAUGCAAAAAGUAAUGAAUGAUAUUUUAAGAACGGAAAGUCUAGCAGAAGGAAAAUUAUUGAAUGGAAAUAUUAUGGAAAAUAAGAUUUGCUUAUUAUAUUCUAGUAUAGUGAAAUCAUAAGGAUAAAUAGUUAGAAUCAAUACUUAAUAAAUUGCUUAAUUUUGGGGUUAUGAAAAUGAAAUGGAUUUUAGAGAUAUCAAACAUAUUAAUUAAUUAAUGCCUGACUUUUUGGCUUUAGUUCAUGAUUAAUAUUUAGAGAGAUUUAAAAAAUUAGGCCAUAGUAUUUUAUUUGGUAAGAGUAGAACUGUAUUUCUAAAAGGCAAAAAUAAUUUUUUUAUUCCUGCUGAUAUUACAAUAGACAAUUUCUUCAUUAGUUAUGAUGAUUAUAUUAUAACAGCUGCAUUCUCAAAAACUAAAGAAAAAUGUUUAUUUUUACUUUUUGAUUCUAAAGGUAAAAUUUUAGGAGCUAAUCAUUUAAUGUUUAAGUUAUUAAGUUCAAUUGAUAAGACUAUUACUUAAGAUCAAUUAACUUAAGGAUAUAUAUUUUAACUUAUUCCUAAAAUAUUUGUUGUGAUUAAUGCUUAUAAAACACAAGAUUAAGAUAUAAAUCAGGAAAAUAAUAUAGUUUUAAAAAUAGGAAAUCCAAUAAAAGGGCAGUUUUAAAAAUUGAUGAAAAGUUCAAAAGGAAAAAGUAAACAUUAAAUGUAUUAUGCAGGCAUUUGGACCACCUAUGAUACUCAUGACUACUGUUAAGUGGGAAAGGAAUAACAAUGUAAUAUAGACUUUAAUCAUUAUGAAUAAAUAAAACCUGAUUGUGAACUCUUUGAUGAAGGUUUUUAAGAAAGAAUGCUAUAAUAUGUAGAUGAUUCUAUUUAAACUACUAAUUAUAAAAUAAAUUGUUAUUUAGAAUAUUUAGUUCUUGGUUAUUAUAAAUCAAUACCAUUAUUUACUUUAGAAAUAAAUGACAUUAUUACUUAAACAAUAGAAGAAAACAAUGAAGAAAUUAAUUCAGAAGUUAUGCUUUAAAAUAUGGAAUUAUCAGAUUUAAAUAAAUCAAGUCAUCAAGUUUUGAGUUCUAUUUAAAAUGAAAGUUUUUAAAAAGUUAAAAUUGAAGAAAAUGAUAAAUUAUAAUAAUAUCCAGAAGUUUCUUUAAUUAGAGGUAAAUAUGAUUAAUCAUUUUUUGAUUAAUUAUAAGAUUCAUCUAGAUAAAUAUUAGCUCCAUUUUCAUAACGAGCUACUUUUAAUCUUAUUAAACAUAAAAGUAUUAAUGAUGAUUCAAAGUAUUUAGAGGAUGAUUUUAAAAUUAUUAAAUAAUAAUAAGAACUUAGUUAUGAUUAACAUAACAAUGUAGAUUAAUUUUAAUAUUGUAAACAUAAAACAGUUUUAGAUUAAUUAUAGGAGAAGUAAUCUUCUGAAGAUAAAAAUUAUCAAAUUAAUAAUUAAUAAGAAAUUUAAGCAGUUAAUUCUGCUGGAUCUAUUGCUAGAAGAACUAAAAACCAUAAUCAUGAAUUAUUAAAAUAGAAGUCUCGUUCAAAAGUGAAACCUAUUUAACUUAGUUUAAUUUUAUUAAUAGAUUUAUUAAUAGUGUUAAGCAUAAUCAUUUUUAAUAUUUUUACUAUAAUUACACUUAAUACAAAAAAAUAAUAUAGCAAUAAUUUAUUAAUUGAAUUAUAGGCUCCUUUUAUAUACAAUAAUUAUUAUUGUGAAUUAACUUCUCAUGAUAUUAUUUUUAAAUUAGCCUAAAUUUAAGGUAUUGAAUUUAGUGAAGAUUUAUUAGAUACUAUAAAAAAUAGAUUUAAUAAUAUUUAAUAUUUAUAAAAUAUGUCUAAAUUUUAUUAAGUAUUUUCAUAAAUUGAAGAAGAAGAAGAAAAUAUUUUAAAUUCAAAUAUUUCUUUAUAUUAUAUUGAUUCUCCUGACAUUAAAAAUAUGACAUUUACAUACUUUUACAAUCAAAUAAAAAUAUUUUUUUAAUUAAUAAUUCAAUUCUAUUAAGAAUACAAUAUUAACAAUUUUGAUGAUUAUUUCUUUUAACAAUCCUUAUUUGAAACUUUAAAUUUAAAUGAAACUUCAUAAUUAUUUAGAUUAUUACUUAGACAAUUAAUUGAUAAAUUUUAUGAUCAUAUAGAUUAAAAUGAUGAAUUCAUUAUUAAUUUAUUUAUUAUUCAAACUGUCCUAUAGUUUUCACUCAUUUUAAUAUAAUUCCUUGUCUUACUAGAUUUACUUAAAAUUUAUAGAAAAAUUAUUCAUUUAAAUUGUAGAUUAUAUGAAAAGGAUGUAUUGAUUGCCAUCUAGAGAUUACAAGCUGUUCGAGAUAUACUAUUUGAUAAAUAUUCUUUAAAUUGGAAAAAGGCUGAUUAUGUUCAUAUUAUAUAUUAGCCUCUUAAUGAAUAAUAAACUAAAAAUGGAAAAUAAAAUAAGACUACUUUAUUAUCUUCUCGAUUACAGCAAUAAAAUUUUAAUAUCUAUACAACAUCAGCAUUUUUACUCAUUCUUUUAUUAAUUAUUUUAUUAGUUAAUAUAGGUGGAUUUUUAUUGAAUUCAUAAAAAUAAAAAUAACUAAAACCAUCUUUUCUAUUAACAGCAGAAUUUCAUCAUUUUACAUUACAAGUUGAUUCAAUUGUGAGUAAUGCUAUGCGAAUAAAAAGUCAAAAUAUUAUUUUAAGUAAUAAUUCUUUAACAAAUAAACUUAAUCCUAAAAUUCUAAAUUAAGCUAUAAAUUAUUUUAAAAUUGAAAAAUAUUAAAAUUUAAGUGAAUUUAAAGAUUUGGUUAAAUCAUUUCAAUAGAGUUAAAUUCAAAUAAUAUCAAUCCUUAUUAAAGAUCCUAAUAUUGAUCCUAAAAAGGCUGGUAUUUUAAAUGAAAUAUUUUUCUAAGAUUUAUGUCCUUUAAUAUGCCCAAAUUCAUCAAAUAUUAAAGAUAAUUGUACAUAUCUAUACAAUAAAGGAAUAAUAGGGAUUUAUACAAAAAUGUCUAAUUUCCUUACAAUUUCAUAUAAUUAUGAAUUGGAAAUGGAAAGGAUAGAUCCUGAUUUCUAGGCUUCAUUAGAAAUAUUGAAUUCUGUUGAUUUUAAUUAAAUUUUUGGUAGGUAUUUCACCAAUACAAAAAUAGCAUUUGAAAAAUUUGGAUAAGAAAUAUUAGAUCUUACAAUGGAAUUAAUAGAAGAUAAUUUUGAUGUAAUUCUUAUCUAUUAUUCGAUAACUGGAUGUUGUACCUUAAUGAUUGUAGGAUUAGCCUUGAUAUAUUUUGCAAAAAUGUAGUAGUAACAAAUCAACCUGUUAAGGUUAUCCUUAACAGUAAUUCCAUUAGAAUUGAUUGAUUAAUAAGCAAUUAAUAUUCUUCGCUAAUUAUGA